CUUGACCUUAAUUCACUGUAAAUAGACCAAUCGCGGGACUCUCCACUUUCAAAACCCUUCAACCGCAACCCUCGCCGCCGAUCACCACACGAUUCUACAGGGAGACAAAGAAUCAGGCCAGGAUGAGUCGGAGCCUUGGGAUUCCGGUAAAGCUGCUGCACGAAGCUGCCGGACACAUAGUGACGGUAGAACUCAAGAGCGGUGAAGUUUACAGAGGAAGCAUGAUAGAAUGCGAAGAUAACUGGAAUUGCCAACUAGAAAACAUCACUUUCACUGCUAAGGAUGGGAAGGUGGCUCAACUUGAACAUGUCUUCAUUCGUGGCAGCAAAGUCAGGUUUAUGAUCAUACCAGACAUGCUUAAGAAUGCUCCUAUGUUCAAGCGUUUAGAAGCUAGAAUUAAGGGUAAGGGUUCAGCACUUGGUGUUGGUCGGGGACGCGCUGUUGCUAUGCGAGCUCGAGCUCAAGCUGCAGGGCGUGGAGGUGGGCCUCCUGGUGGUGGAAGAGGAAGGUGAUCUGAUCUGUUUUAGAAUUAAAGUAAAAUCAAAUAUUUGUAUUAUCAAUUUAAAAAAGAAAGACAUGUUUUGAGUAAAAUCAGGUUUUCCAUUUGAGUAUGUAAGAUUUGAAUCGAUGUUUAAAUUUUAAGAGUCUAUGAUGCCAUGUUGUUUUA